CUCAUUCCUCCGUUCUCCUGCAGCCGCCAAACGCCACCUAACAUUUCCUGGAAGAACGUGCCCGCCGCCUGCUCCCAACAAACAUGGACUGUUUUCCCAUGCUUUAUUUUCUGUCGAGACAUCAUGAUUCCUGGUAAUCGAAUGCUGAUGGUCCUUUUCAUAUGCCAAGUCCUGCUGGGAGAGAGCAACCAUGCCAGUUUAAUACCUGAAGAAGGAAAAAAGAAAGUGCCUGGCCUGCAGGGUCGUUCGGACGCUCAGAGCCAUGAACUGCUGCGGGACUUUGAGGCCACCCUGCUGCACAUGUUCGGCCUCAAGAGGCGGCCCAGGCCCAGCCGCUCGACCGCCGUGCCACGUUACCUGUUGGACCUGUACCGGUCGCAGUCCGGGGAGGGAGAGGAGACCGGGGACGAUGGCCAAAUCGUCUUUGAGUACCCGGAAAGUUGCGAGCACAUGGAAAGGGUGCACGAUUUGGAUGAUGGUGAGGCUCAGCCCUUGCGUUUCCUGUUCAACCUCAGCAGCAUACCGGAAGAUGAGCUGCUCUCCUCUGCCGAACUGCGCCUCUACCGGCAUCAGAUGUCCGAAGCGGGCGACGACAACGACAACGCGGGCCUCCAACGGAUCAAUGUAUACGAGGUGCUGAAGGCCCCACGGCCCGGUCAGCUCAUCACGCAGCUCCUGGACACGCGGCUGGUGCGGCACAACGCAUCACGCUGGGAGAGCUUCGACGUCAGCCCCGCUGUGCUGCGAUGGACUCGUGAGCGCCGCCCCAAUCACGGGCUGGCCGUGGAGGUCCUACACCUGAACGGGACGCCGCACCGCCGGGGCGAGCACGUCCGCGUCAGCCGCUCGCUCCACCGGGAGCCCGGCGAGGACUGGGAGCAGAUACGGCCCCUCUUGGUGACGUUCGGCAACGACGGCAAAGGUCACCCUUUGACCAAGCGGACCAGGCGCAGCCCCAAGCAGCGCGGGCGGAAGCGCAACCGCAACUGCAGGCGCCACGCGCUCUACGUCGACUUUAGCGACGUAGGCUGGAAUGACUGGAUAGUGGCGCCCCCUGGCUACCAGGCCUACUACUGCCAUGGGGAAUGCCCCUUCCCUCUGGCAGACCACCUCAACUCCACCAACCAUGCCAUUGUCCAGACACUGGUGAACUCUGUGAACAACAACAUUCCCAAGGCCUGCUGUGUGCCCACGGAGCUGAGCGCCAUCUCAAUGCUAUACCUGGACGAACACGAGAAGGUGGUGCUGAAAAACUACCAGGAAAUGGUGGUGGAGGGCUGCGGAUGCCGCUGA